UGUGUAGUUCGAACAAGUACUCAGUCUUGAACAGACCGACUGGGUGCGCAAACCCGCGUGGCUAGCGGAUAGAGACUUUUUGCUGCGAAUAAGUGGACAAAAACGGAAUAUAACGAUACGAACUUCCUAACUAGACGAACUUGAGAAGACGGACAGUGAAAAUAAUAGUUUUUUCUCUGUGUAGGAAAUCUGAGGAUUGUUGGAGAAAAGCAUUGUUCUGUACUCCGUGCAUGUUUAAAUCAUAGGAGUGCAGCGGUGCCGUGACUCGGCCAGACAACGUCUAGUUUCCAAACAGAGCGGCGGGAGCGACAACCUCACAGCACAGGCAUGAUUCUGAGACGGGUUUCGAUUGUUGGCGUUGCUGCUUUUUGCUUACAUGCCUUGUUGUUGUGCUUUCGUGCAAAGGUGGCCGAGGGAACGGGUCAAUUCGAGUUGGAAAUCUUAUCUAUGCACAACCUCAACGGGGAACUUCUCAACGGGUUGUGUUGUCACGGGUCGCGGAACCCCGCAGAUCGGAAAUGCAGAAUGGAUGAGUGCGAUACGUAUUUUAAAGUGUGUUUGAAGGAGUAUCAGUCGAGGGUAUCAGCUGCGGGACCGUGCAGCUUCGGGUCCGGAUCUACCCCUGUCCUUGGAGGGAAUACAUUUUCUUUGAGGAGCGCGUCUGCGAAGAAUGAAAGAUCCAGGAUUGUUUUACCGUUCAGUUUUGCCUGGCCGAGGUCCUACACCUUGAUACUGGAAGCCUUGGACGCUAACAACAACACCAGCGGUGGGGAGGGCCAGGUGAUUGAGAAGGCGUCUCACAGUGGAAUGAUCAACCCGACCCACCAGUGGCAGAAGCUGAGCCACAAUGGCCCGGUGGGUCAGUUUGACUACCAGAUUCGGGUCAGCUGUGAUGAGCAUUACUAUGGCCAUGGGUGCAAUAAGUUCUGCCGGCCCAGAGACGAGUUUUUCGGACAUUAUAACUGCGACAACAACGGAAAUAAAACAUGUCUCGAGGGAUGGUCUGGAGUUGAAUGCAACACACCGAUCUGUCGACAGGGCUGCAGUACAGAACAUGGCCACUGUAAAGAGCCUGGGGACUGCAAGUGUCUGUACGGCUGGCAGGGUCAGUACUGUGAUAAGUGUAUCCCUCAUCCUGGCUGUGUUCAUGGAACCUGUCUGGAGCCCUGGCAGUGCCUCUGUGACACCAACUGGGGAGGACAUCUCUGUGACAAAGAUCUGAACUUCUGUGGGACCAAACAGCCGUGUCUGAACGGGGGAACCUGCAGCAACACCGGACCAGACAAGUACCAGUGUUCCUGUGCCGAGGGCUACUCUGGAGUUACCUGUGAGAGAGCGGACCGGGCGUGUCUCUCCAACCCCUGUUCCAACGCAGGCAGCUGUGUGGAGACCAGUCAGGGGUUCCAGUGUGUGUGUGGAGCGGGAUGGAGUGGCCCCACCUGUGAUAUUAAUGUGGAUGAGUGCUCGGCAGGUCCCUGUCAGCAUGGAGGAACCUGUCAGGAUCUGGUUAAUGGAUACAAAUGUCUUUGUCCACCUCAGUGGACUGGCAAGACCUGCCUUAUAGAUGCCAACGAAUGUGACAACAAGCCCUGUGUCAACGCAAACUCUUGCCGCAACCUGAUUGGUGGAUACUUCUGCGAGUGUUUGCCUGGUUGGAUGGGACAGAACUGCGACAUCAAUAUCAACGACUGUAAGGACCAGUGUCAGAAUGGAGGAACCUGCAAGGACUUGGUAAAUGGCUACCGGUGUGUGUGUCCGGCUGGCUUCUCUGGUGAGCAGUGUGAAAGUGAUGUGGACGAGUGCUCCAGCUCUCCCUGUCUGAACGGGGGUCGCUGCCAGGACCAGGUCAACGGGUUCACCUGCCUCUGUCUGGCCGGUUUCUCUGGACAACUCUGUCAGUUGGACAUCGACUACUGCCUUCCAACCCCGUGCCAAAACAGCGGCGUCUGUUUCAACCUGGCUACCGACUACUACUGUUCCUGUUCUGACGACUACGAGGGAAAGAACUGUUCUCACCUCAAAGACCACUGUAGAACCUCCACAUGUAAAGUGAUUGACAGCUGCACUGUUGCUGUGGGGUCCAACAGUACUCCCGGCGGCGAACGUUACAUCUCCUCCAACGUGUGUGGUCCUCACGGGCGCUGCCGUAGCCAGGCUGGAGGACAAUUCAGCUGUGACUGCCAGGAGGGCUUCCGGGGAACAUACUGCCAUGAGAACAUCAACGACUGUGAGAUGAACCCGUGUGUCAAUGGAGGAACCUGUAUCGAUAAAGUCAACGCGUACCAGUGCAUCUGUGGAGACGGCUGGGAAGGUGACCACUGUGACAUCAAUAUCGACGACUGCAGCACUAACCCAUGUCUCAACGGAGGGACGUGUCGAGACCUAGUGACAGACUUCUUCUGUGAGUGCAAGAACGGCUGGAAGGGAAAGACCUGUCACUCCCGUGAGAGCCAGUGUGAUGAGGCUACCUGUAAUAAUGGAGGGACCUGCCUCGACGAGGGAGACACCUUCCAGUGCACAUGUUCCCCUGGAUGGGAGGGCGCAACCUGUAACAUUGCUAAGAACAGCAGCUGUCUUCCCAACCCCUGUCAGUACGGGGGAACCUGUGUGACCAGUGGGGAGACCUUCACCUGUGUCUGCAAGGAGGGCUGGGAGGGAGAUACCUGCACACAGAAUACCAACGACUGCAGUCCACACCCAUGUUAUAACAGUGGAACGUGUGUGGACGGUGAUAACUGGUAUCGCUGUGAGUGCGCUCCGGGCUUUGCUGGGCCUGACUGUAGGAUCAAUAUCAAUGAGUGCCAGUCGUCUCCUUGUGCUCCUGGUUCGACUUGUAUCGACGAGAUCAAUGGCUACCGCUGCCUCUGUCCCCAAGACAGGACUGGCCCCCGCUGUCAGGAAGUAACCAGAAGGCCAUGCUCUGUGAAUGGCCGUCUCACUGCCGAUGGAGGUAAAUGGGACGAGGACUGCAACACCUGCCAGUGUUUCAACAAGAAGGUCGUCUGCACUAAGAUGUGGUGCGGACCCAAGUCGUGUCGGGUCAGCAGCGGGGCCAAAGGUCGUGGAGGAGGGUCCGGUUGUCCAUCUGGUCAGAACUGUGUACCAAUCCGGGAUGGGCAGUGUUUUGUCCGGCCGUGUCUGGGUCUGGGGGAGUGCUACCCCUCCUCUGCCCCUCCUCCCCCCACCAAAUGCCAGCCCAGCUCCGGUUACCACGACAACAGCUGUGCCAACAUUACAUUUACAUUCACCAAGGAGACCAUGCCCAAGGGUCUCAGUAUAGAGGCUGUGUGUAAGCAGUUACGACAUCUGUACAUAGUGCAGAAUGUGUCCUCUGAGUAUUCUGUUUCCAUAACCUGUGACCCCUCCACCUCCGCCAGCAAUGAGAUCCACCUCAGCAUCCACACAGAAGACCAGAGGACUGAUCGAUCCCCAAUAAAGGACAUCACAGAACAGAUUGUGGAACUAGUGUCUAAACGCCAAGGCAACAACAGCAUCAUCACAGCCAUCGCUGAAGUCCGAGUGCAACGGAGCCAGCCCGACUAUCUGGUCCCGCUCCUGUCUUCGGUCUUCAUCGUGUUGUGGAUCUUGGCACUAUUCCUUGUCUUCCUCUACUGCGUUCGGCGCCGGCGGAAACACAGCGCUCGCGGCAACGGAGCCUCGUCAUCUGCGGCGACCGAUGACAACACGACCAACAACGUCCGCGAGCAGCUCAACCAGAUCAAGAACCCCAUCAACGAGAAACAUGCCAUCGUCGGUCUCACCGCGUCGAUGGCCAUCAAGGACUACGAGAACGAUAAGAACUCCAUCAUCGCGAAGAUUCGGACACACCAGCCCUCUCCUGAGGGGGACGAGGACAGCGAUAAGGAGAGACAGCUGGGGAAUAAAGCACGCUUCACGGUCGCUGCCAAGCAGCCAGCAUACACACUGGUGGACCGGGAGGACCGCAGUCUGAACGGAGGUCUCCGGGCCGGCGGCCCUAGUGACCGGGACAGCAGAACGCUGACUCAGCCCGGCUCCAAGCACCCGAACUGGACUAACAAACAGGACAACAGGGUUCUGGAGACCGCGCACAGCCUCAACAGAAUCGUAUAGCAGGAAGUGACAUGGUAGAAACAGGAAGCCAAUGCUGUGUAAAGAAUUCUUCCUCCAGGACGUGGUGGUCCUCCCAGACGGAUCGGUGGCUUACUGACGCGUUGUGUUGAUACUGUGUUGCCGUGCAACCAUUGAACUUAGUGAAGAGCCCCAGGGUCUUCUGGGUUUUGUAGUUCCUAAACAUGUUUCUGUGACUACACGCUUUGUCGUUUGAAAAGAAUGAAUCCCGAGGGUGUCCACUCCCCUGCAUAGUGCACUUCCUUUGACCAGGGCCCUAUGGGUCCUGUGUACUACGUAGGGGGCAGUUUGGAAUGCAUGCCCUGCCUGUUAAUUUAAGUGUGGACUAGCUGGAGUACACUGGCGAGAACGUUUCUCUGGUUGACUGGAGAAGAGGCGCUGCGUUUUUACAUUUCAAAAUUUCAUUGCAACAUUUAUUGCCGCUUUAUUGUGCACUAAUUUUGACCUGGGCCCAUAGGCCUUUGAUUGGAAUUAGUGUGCUAUAAAGGGAGUAGGGGGCAUUUGGGAUGUACACAGACCAUCUACAUGCAUUUUAGUCCCUGUUGAUUUGGUUAUGCAUAGUCUGCAUAGUCAUUGCAUAAGUCCUUUUUUGUGUAUAUAUAUAUAUAUUUUUAAGUUAAGCUCCGUCAGAAUGAAAUCUAAAGCGAUAGCAUAGUCUCUCUAUCUGAUUGGUGUACAGCUAGUUCUGUCUGUUUGUGAGAGUGCCUUUCAGCUUCACAGCAACCAUCAAACGAUUAGACAAAGAAAUUCAACUUUAUUAUUUAUUAUCUUUUUUUUUUCUUUGGGGCGGGCAGGGUCGAUGUCGCAAUAUGAAGAAUUUAAGUGUCGAUUUAGAACUUGUAUAUAUGUACAUUUUUUUUUAUUAAUCAUUGUGUAUAUUUGAUUUAUUAACUUAAAUCAUAAUCAAGAGCCUAAAGAUAUCAUUCCUUUUUAUUUAUAUGUACUGUCUCUAGAUUUUGAAGGUUUUGAUAGCUUUGUAAGCUUAGUUUCUUUUUCUGAUGACAAUUUUUUGUUUGUUAUUUCACAAAAUGCCAAACUUCAGAGAGGAAGAAAAGAGUAUAGGCAUUUCAUGCCUGAAAGAAUUGUUUUUAUUUUAAUUUUUUAUGAUUUUCAGAUUUUUUGAAAUCUUUCUACAGCAUCCAUUUUGCCAAAAGUUUGCAGCUUAUGGGGAGGUAAAUAAAAUGACAAAUAUAUGGUUGUUUUGGGUUAUAAACGAUAAAGCGUCUACAGUACAUCAUAGUCAUAGCACAAAAACAUGCAUCACAUUUGAAAACCAU